GCGGGGGCUGGGGCUGGGGGACAGAGAGCCGGGGCGCCUCGCCGAGCCCGAGCCCGAGCCGAGGCGAGCGGGCCGCAGACAUGGGGCCACAGGCGGUGCGGACGGGGCUGCUGCUGCUGCUGGGCCCCCUUCUCAGCGUGGUCCAUGGUCGGACGGCAUAUGAUGGGUUGUCCCUUCCUGAAGAUGCAGAGCGGGAGACCGCAGUGGUCCGGCCUCACUGGAACUACACCGACCUCUCUGAUGAUGAAGACCUGCUGGCGGAUGAGGCCUCUGGAGAUGGCCUCGGCAGUGGGGACCUGGGAAGUGGAGACUUUCAGAUGGUCUAUUUCCGGGCCAUGGUGAAUUUCACACGGUCCAUCGACUACAGCCCCCACCUGGAGGAUGCCGGCUCCCAGGAGUUCCGAGAUGUGUCCGAGGCCGUGGUGGAUACGCUGGAGUCUGAAUACCUGAAGAUCCCUGGAGAACAAGUCGUCAGCGUUGUGUUCAUCAAGGAGGUGGAAGGCUGGGUGUUUGUGGAGCUCGACGUCGGCUCGGAGGGGAACUCCGACGCCAACCAGAUCCAAGAAGUGCUGUACUCGGUGGUGUCCAGUGGCUCCAUCGCCUCCUAUCUCACCUCCACUGCUGGCUUCCAGUUCAGGCGCCUGGGAACCGCAGAAACCCCGCCCCCUCCUGUCGCCAUGGCAUCGCCAGUGACACCCGCCUCUCGGCUCUGCACGGACAAAGAAUUUGCCUGCCGGACCCACAAUGAGUGCAUAGCCCUAGAGUAUCGUUGUGAUAGGCGGCCAGAUUGCAGGGACAUGUCUGAUGAGCUCGACUGUGAAGAGACCGUGCCACCAGAACCUACGGUACCUCCUCCAAGGACUCCAGCCCCCACCACACAGCAGGUACCAUGGACAGUUGCUCCGCAGUCCCUCCUCCCACCUGGCUUACCCAGGCUCUGUGGACACCAUGAAGCCUCGUGUACCAGCGGGCAGUGUAUCCCUAAGAAUUAUUUCUGUGACGGCCAAAUGGACUGUGCGGAUGGCAGUGACGAGGAGAACUGUGGUGAUUCCUCCUUGCCCUGUGAACCCAAUGAAUUCCAGUGCAGAGACGGACGCUGCGCCCUCAAGCUCUGGCGAUGUGACGGGGACUUUGACUGUGAGGACCAUACAGAUGAAGAAAAUUGCCCCCCCAAGCUCCCCGGGGAUGUCUGUGCACCCACCGAGUUCCGUUGCGUCUCCACCAACACUUGCAUCCCCUCAAGCUUCCACUGCGAUGAGGAGAGUGACUGCCCAGACCGUUCAGACGAGUUCGGCUGCAUGCCCCCCCAGGUGGUGACCCCACCCCAGGAGUCGGUUCAAGUGUCCCGAGGCCAGACGGUGACCUUUACCUGUGUGGCCAUUGGUGUACCCACCCCCAUCAUUAACUGGAGGCUUAACUGGGGCCACAUCCCCUCACACCCCAGGGUGAAAGUGACCAGCGAGGGGGGCCGAGGCACCCUGACCAUUCAGGACGUGAAGGAGGCCGACCAAGGAGCUUACACGUGUGAGGCCAUGAAUGCCCGAGGCAUGGUGUUUGGUAUCCCGGAUGGUGUCUUGGAGCUCAUCCCCCAGCGAGGUCCCUGCCCCGAUGGACAUUUCUACCAGGAAGACAGUUCUUCGUGCCUGCCAUGCUUCUGCUUUGGCAUCACCAGCCUGUGCCAGGGCAGCAGCCGCUACAGGGAUGUGAUCCGCCUGCAAUUCGACAGACCCAACGACUUCAAAGGGGUGAAUGUGACGAUGCCUGCACAGCCGGGCAUGCCGCCCCUGUCCUCCACCCAGCUCCAGGUGGACCUCGAGUCACAGGAGUUCCAGCUGGUCGACCUGUCCCGGCGCUUCCUCAUCCUGGAUUCCUUCUGGGCACUGCCCCAGCAGUUCCUUGGGAACAAGGUGGAUUCCUAUGGCGGCUUCCUGCGCUACAAGAUACGCUAUGAAGUGUCUCGGGGCUUCUUGGAGCCUGUGCAGAAGCCCGACGUGGUGCUGCUGGGGGGUGGUCACCGCCUGUCCUCCAGGGGUCACACGCCCACCCAUCCCGGCCACCUGAACCAGCGGCAGGUCCAGUUCACCGAGGAGCACUGGGUGCACGACUCAGGGCGGCAGGUGUCCAGGGCCGAGCUGCUGCAGACCCUGCGGAACCUGGAAGCCGUGCUGCUCCAGACCGUGUACAACAACAAGAUGGCCAGCGUGGGACUGAGUGACGUUGCCAUGGACACCACUUCCGCCAGCCCAACCCCCCAUGGGCGUGUCCAUAGCGUGGAGGAGUGCAGAUGUCCCAUUGGUUACUCUGGCCUUUCCUGUGAGAGCUGCGAUGCCCAUUUCACCCGUGUGCCCAAUGGGCCUUAUCUGGGCACCUGCUCUGGGUGUAACUGCCAUGGCCAUGCCAGCUCUUGUGACCCUGUGUAUGGCCACUGUCUGAACUGCCAGCAUAACACGGAGGGACCACAGUGUAACAAGUGCAAACCGGGUUUCUUCGGCGAUGCCACACGUGGCACUCCCACUGCCUGUCGGCCCUGCCCCUGCCCCUACAUCGAUGCCUCCCGAAGGUUCUCUGACACCUGUUUCCUGGACACGGAUGGCCAAGCCACAUGCGAUGCCUGUGCCCCCGGGUACACUGGGCGCCGCUGUGAGAGCUGUGCCCCUGGCUAUGAAGGCAACCCGAUUCAACCUAACGGCAAAUGCAAGCCCAUCACCAACCAGGCAAUUGUGCGCUGUGAUGAGCGGGGCAGCACGGGCACCUCUGGAGAAUCCUGCCGCUGCAAGCCAAACGUGGUCGGCCGCCUGUGCAAUGAGUGCUCGGAUGGCACCUUCCACCUGAGCGCCAGUAACCCGGACGGCUGCCUCAAGUGCUUCUGCAUGGGGGUGAGCCGCUACUGCACCAGCUCUUCCUGGAAUCGGGACCAGGUUCACGGGGCCUCUGGUGCUGGUGAUCACUCCCAGUUCAGUCUGUCUAACGCUGCGGGCACUCACAGUACGAGUGAAGGCAUCUCUUCCCCCGCUCCCGGGGAGUUGGUGUUCUCCAGCUUCCAUAGCCUGCUCCCCAGCCCCUACUUCUGGAACCUUCCCUCAAGAUUUCAAGGAGACAAGGUGACCUCCUAUGGAGGAGAACUACACUUCACCGUGACCCAGCGGCCCAGUCCAGGCUCCCCAGCCCUGCACGGGCAGCCCCUGGUCCUGCUUCAGGGCAAUGAAAUCUCCCUAGAACACCACCCCCAGCAGGAGCCUGUGCCAGGCCAGCCCAGCACCUUCUCCGUGCCCUUCCGCGAGCACGCCUGGCGCAGGGCAGACGGGCAGCCGGCCACCCGUGAGCACCUGCUCAUGGCCCUCGCCGACAUCGAUGUCAUCAUGAUUCGGGCGUCUUAUGCUGAGAGCCAGGUGGAGAGCAGGCUUUCUGGACUACACAUGGAUGUGGCUGUGCCCCAGGUCACGGGGCUGGAGCAGGCUGUGGAGGUGGAGCAGUGUGUCUGCCCGCCUGGCUACCGAGGACCAUCCUGCCAGUUCUGUGAUAUAGGGUACACCCGUGCAUCCAGUGGUCUCUACCUGGGCACUUGUGAACUCUGUAGCUGCCAUGGACACUCGGUGAUAUGUGACCCAGAGACCGGGGCUUGCCAGGGCUGCCAACACCACACGGAUGGUGCCAAAUGUGAACGCUGCCAACCCGGAUACUACGGUGAUGCCCAGAGAGGUUCCCCUGAAGAUUGCCAGCCCUGCCCCUGCCACGGGAUGCCCUCUAACAACCAAGGGAUCCAUACUUGUUUUCUGGACACUGAUGGCCACCCCACCUGCGAUGCCUGCUCCCCAGGGCACAGUGGUCGCCACUGCGAGAGGUGUGCUCCUGGUUACCAUGGCAACCCCAGUCUGGGCCAGCCCUGCCUAAGUGAUAGACCUGGCCCGGUCCCUGAUGGCUGCGGAUGUGACCCAGCAGGCAGUCUCAGCACCCAAUGCGACAAAGCCUCAGGGCAGUGUCGGUGUAAGUCCAAGGUGGAGGGCCCCACCUGCAGCUCUUGCCGUCUUCAUCACUUCUACCUGAGUGCUGCCAACCCCGAAGGCUGCCUGCCCUGUUUCUGUAUGGGCGUCACCCAGCAGUGUGCCAGCUCCUCCUACACCCGCCACCUGACCUCCACCCCCUUUGCUCCCGGUGACUUCCAAGGUUUCACACUGGUGAAUCGGCAGCGAAGCAGCCGGGUGGCCGGGGGCUUCAUCGUGGAGCCGAUGCCUGAGGGUAGCCAGCUCUCCUUCAGCAACUUUGCCCACCUGGGCCAUGAGUCCUUCUACUGGCAGUUGCCCGAGACUUACCAGGGAGACAAGAGGGAAGCAUACUUUGCACGGCUACGGAGGGCACAUCAGAACCGCACAUCCUUCUCAGAGGAGCAGCUGCGGGAGGCUGUGGCAGCUGGGAAGAUUCUGGGGCCCCCUGUGGGCAGUGGCCGGGCAUCCCGGUCAUCCCAGGUGGAUGAGGCUCAGAGACGAAUGGAUGCAGAGAUCUGGAAGCUCCUCUCCAGCUUUGCUGCCCCUCCAUCACCACUUCACCAUGCCCAGGGUACCUUUCAUGGCCCAGGUCAUGCAGGGUCUACCCACCCUCAGCCUGCAGCCUCCCUAAAGGCAGUUCCAUCUCCUCCUCCUUCCUUUUCUUCUUCCUCCUCUCCAGCGGCUUCCCUUUCUUCCUCUGCAAACUCUGGCUCUGGCACUUCUGCCAGGCCAACUGACUCUCAGUUCUCUCUUGCCUACAAGGCCUUCUCUCAGCUUCCGGAAAGCGUCUAUUAUUGGGAACUUCCUAGAGCCUUCCUAGGGGACAAGGUGGACGCCUAUGGUGGGAAGCUCCGAUACAUUCUCUCCUACACAACUGGAGCCCAGGGCAGCCCCCUCUCUGAUCCUGAUGUACAGAUCACGGGGAAUGACAUCACUCUAGUAGCUACCCAACCAGAGCUGCAAGGCCGAGAGAGGAAGAGCUUCGAAAUAAUGUUCAGAGAGCAUUUCUGGAGGAGGUUAGAUGGGCAGCCAGCCACUCGAGAACAUUUGAUGAUGGUGCUAGCUGACCUAGAUGAGAUCCUGAUCCGUGCCACCUUCUCCUCGGUCCCUUUGGCAGCCAGCAUUGGUGCUGUCAGCAUGGAGAGAGCCCUUCCUGGACCUGCAGCCGGACCUCGGGCCCUAGAAGUGGAGGAAUGCCGCUGCCCCCCUGGCUAUCGGGGGCUCUCCUGCCAGGACUGUGCCUCUGGCUACACACGAACAGGGAGCGGCCUCUACCUGGGCCACUGUGAGCUUUGUGAAUGCAACGGGCACUCAGAUACCUGCCACCCAGAGACCGGGGCCUGCUCCCAAUGCCUGCAUCACACGACCGGUGAAUUCUGUGAACUCUGUGCCCCUGGCUACUAUGGUGAUGCCACCGCGGGAACUCCUGAGGACUGCCAGCCCUGUGCCUGCCCCCUGACCAACCCUGAGAACAUGUUCUCCCGGACAUGUGAGAGCCUCGGUUCUGGGGGGUACCGCUGCACAGCCUGUGAGCCUGGCUACAUGGGCCAGUACUGUGAACAGUGUGCUCCAGGCUAUAUAGGCAACCCCAGUGUUCGAGGAGGCCGCUGCCAGCCUCAGACUGACCAGGCUCUGCUGGUGGUCCAGGUCCACCCGGCCCGGAGCACGGUGCCCCAAGGUGGCUCCCAUUCCCUUCGAUGCCAAGUCAGUGGAAGCCCCCCAUACUACUACUACUGGACCAGAGAAGAUGGACGGUCUAUUCCUAGCACCACUCAACAGCGCCAGCAAGGUUCUGAGCUCCACUUCCCCAGCAUCCAGCCUUCCGAUGCGGGCGUCUACAUCUGUACCUGCCGGAACCUUUACCACGCUAACACCAGCCGGGCUGAGAUCCUAGUCACUGAGGCCCCUACCAAAGCCAUCACAGUGACGGUGGAGGAGCAGACGAGCCAGAGUGUGCGGGCUGGAGCUAACGUCACCUUCAUCUGCACAGCCAAGAGCAAGUCUCCAGCCUACACACUGGUGUGGACCCGUCUACAUAAUGGGAAGCUGCCUUCACGAGCCAUGGACUUCAACGGCAUCCUGACCAUCCGGGAUGUCCAGCCCAAUGAUGCAGGCACCUAUGUGUGUACCGGCUCCAACAUGUUUGCAAUGGACCAGGGCUCUGCCAUGCUGCAUGUCCAGGCCUCGGGAAGCCUGUCACCGCCCGUGGUUUCUAUCCACCCACCACAGCUCACAGUGCAACCUGGCCAACUGGCAGAGUUCCGCUGUAGUGCCACUGGAAACCCAGCCCCCAGCCUGGAGUGGUCAGGGGGACCAGGGGGGCAGAUACCCCGGAAGGCCUGGAUUCAUGGUGGCAUCCUACGCCUUCCAGCCACAGAGCCCUCUGACCAAGCCCAGUACAUAUGCCGCGCUUCCAAUAGUGCUGGGCAACACGUAGCCAGAGCUGUUCUCCACGUGCAUGGGGGUUGGAUGCCCGAUGUCCACCCACGUCCUGAGCAGACCCAAGUGCAGGAGGGCCACAUCGUGAGGCUGAAUUGUCAGGUAACUGGGAACCCACCACACAGGAUCAUCUGGACUAAGGAAGGAGGAAGUUUGCCCCCCAAGGCACGUGUAGAGCACACCAUGCUGUUCAUCCCAGAUGCCACAGCAGCUGAUGCUGGCAUCUAUGUAUGCAGUUCUAACACCCUCACUGGCAGUGCCCAGGCCCGCAUGGAAGUGGUGAUUGUUCCAGACUCAGGCUUGAUCCCCGCCAUGAGGAUCGAGUCUUCUUCCCCAUCAGUGACUGAGGGACAGACGGUCGAUCUAAACUGUGUGGUCACUGGACAUGCCCAUGCCCAGGUCACCUGGUACCGACGUGGUGGGAGCCUUCCAACCCAGCACCAGGCCCAUGGCACUCGGCUACGACUCCACCAGCUGACCCCAGCAGACGCGGGCACAUACGUGUGCCGGUUCAAUGGCCCCUCAGGACACCAGGAAGCCUUUAUUGACAUCUCUGUCUCCCAUGCAGCCAGUCCUGACUCUGGCCACUCCCCAGGCCCUGAUGCCAGCUUCCCCAUGAGGAUUGAAGCUUCCUCUACAGAAAUCACUGAAGGACAAACUGUGGAUCUGAACUGUGUGGUCCCUGGACAGGCCCAUGCCCAGGUCACAUGGUACAAGCGUGGCAGCAGUCUCCCUGUCCGACGUCAGGACCACGGGACCUGGCUACGUCUGUACCAGGUAACCCCGGCCGACUCUGGGGAGUACGUGUGCCGUGUGGUCCGUGGCUCCCGUCCCCAUGAGGCCUCCCUCGUCAUCACAGUCCAGCCUUCCCGCUCCAGUGACGGCUCUAUCCCAGCCCCAGCCACCCCCGCACCAGUCCGGAUUGAAUCCUCAUCCCCAACUGUGGUCGAAGGACAGACGGUAGACCUGAGUUGUGUGGUCGCUGGGCAAGCCCAUGCCCAGGUCACUUGGUACAAGCGAGGAGGCAGCCUCCCUGCCCGACACCAGGUCCGUGGCUCCCGCCUGUACAUCUUCCAGGCCACCCCCGCCGAUGCCGGGGAGUACGUGUGUCGUGCGGCCAAUGGGAUGGAGGCCUCCCUGACGGUCACCGUCACCGGAUCCCAGGGCGCCAGCUUCUCCUACCCACCCGGCGUCACCCCCCCGAUCAAGAUAGAGUCCUCUUCCUCUACCAUCGAAGAGGGGCAGACCCUGGUUCUGAACUGUGUGGUGGCUGGGCAGGCCCAUGCCCAGGUGAGCUGGUACAAGCGAGGAGGCAGCCUUCCAGCCAGGCACCAGGUCCAUGGAUCUCAGCUACGCCUGCACCAAGUGUCUCCAGCUGACUCAGGCGAGUAUGUGUGCCGGGUGGUCAGCGGCUCUAGCCACCAAGAAGCUUCUGUCCUCGUCACCAUCAAACCUGAGGGCUCUUUGCAUGGCUCUGUCCAGACCCAGGACAUCACACCGCCAAUCAAGAUUGAGUCAUCUUCCUCAUCUGUAGCUGAAGGCCAGACCCUAGACCUAAACUGUAUCAUCACAGGGCAAGCCCAUGCCCAGGUGACAUGGUAUAAGCGUGGUGGUACCCUCCCUGCCCGGCACCAGGUCCAUGGCUCUAGGCUACGAUUGUAUCAGGUGUCCCCAGCUGAUUCUGGAGAAUAUGUGUGCAGGGUGGUCGGCAGCUCCAGCCCCCAGGAAGCCUCUGUCCUUGUCACCAUUGAGGCUGAAGGCUCCAACCCUGCCCAGGGCAUCACACCCCCAAUCAGGAUUGAGUCAUCCUCCUCAUCUGUGGCUGAAGGACAGACCCUAGACCUGAACUGCAUUGUCGCCGGUCAGGCCCACGCCCAGGUCUCAUGGUACAAGCGAGGGGGCAGCCUCCCAGCCAAGCACCAGGUCCAUGGCUCCCGUCUGCAACUAUACCAGGUGUCUCCAGCUGACUCAGGAGAGUAUGUGUGCCGAGUAGUAGGCAGCUCCAGCCACCAGGAAGCCUCCGUCCUUGUCACCAUUGAGGCCCAGGGUUCCAGCCAUGGUUCUGUCCCUGGCCUAGGAGUCACUCCCCCAGUGAGGAUUGAGUCUUCCUCCUCAUCCAUCAUGGAAGGACAGACUUUUGAGCUGAACUGUCUGAUCUCUGGACAGGCCCAUGCCCAGGUCACCUGGUACAAGCGUGGUGGCAGCCUCCCCGCCAGACAUCAGGUCCAUGGCACCAGAUUGAGGCUGUCCCAGGUGUCACCAGCCGACUCGGGCGAGUACGUGUGCAGAGUGAUUGGCAGCUCCAGCCCCCAGGAGGCUUCUGUCCUCAUCACCAUCCAGCAGCAGCGGCCAGGCCACCACUUCCACCCCCAGGGUGUUGUGUAUCCUGUCCGAAUUGAGUCCUCUUCUUCUUCCCUGGCCAACGGACAGACCUUGGACCUCAACUGCCUGGUGGCCAGUCACGCACCACAUACCAUCACAUGGUACAAGCGCGGAGGCACUCUUCCUGCUCGACAUCGGAUUGUGGGCUCCCGGCUGCGGAUCCCCCAGGUCACCCCUGCUGACUCUGGAGAGUAUGUAUGCCAUGUCAGCAACGGGGCCGGCUCCCAGGAAUCCUCACUCAUCGUCACCAUCCAGGGGGGUGGCUCCUCCCAUUCCUCAGGCAUCACUCCUCCUAUCAGGAUUGAGUCUUCAUCCCCGGUGGUGACUGAAGGGCAGACCCUGGAUCUCAACUGUGUAGUCCCUGAGCACAGCCAAGCCACGGUGACGUGGUACAAGAGAGGGGGCAGCCUGCCUGCCCGCCACCAGGUCCACGGCUCCCGGCUCCGGCUAAACCAAGUGACAUCAUCUGAUUCUGGAGAGUACGUGUGCCGAGCUAACAACAACAUAGAAGCCCAGGAGACCUCCAUUGUGAUCUCUAUCCUCUCCAACAACCCCAGCAACCCCUCCUCCCCAGGAGCUACAUCACCUAUCAGGAUCGAAUCCUCUUCUUCAUCUGUAGCCGAAGGACAGACCCUGGACCUGAACUGCCUCGUUUCUGGUCAGGCCCAUGCGCAGGUCAAAUGGUACAAGCGUGGGGGCAGCCUGCCUGCCCAGCACCAGGUCCACGGCUCCCAGCUGAAGCUUUUCCAGGUUUCUCCAGCUGACUCGGGAGAGUACGUAUGUCGAGUGAUCAGUGGUUCCGGUGUCCAAGAAGCCUCUGUCCUUGUCACCAUUGAGGCUGCUCACCCUAACUCUGGUUCUGUCCCAGCCCCAGGCAUCAUCCCGCCCAUCAGGAUUGAGUCCUCCUCCUCCUCGGUGGCAGAAGGACAGACAGUGGAUCUGAACUGUGUGGUGACAGGACAGGCCCAUGCCCAAGUCUCAUGGUACAGGCGUGGGGGCAGCCUCCCUGCAAGGCACCAGGUCCAUGGCUCCCGGCUACGGCUGAACCAGGCAUCCCCAGCUGACUCUGGCGAGUAUGUAUGCCGGGUGCUCGGUGGCCCCAGCCCCCAAGAGACUUCGAUCCUGGUCACCAUCAAAGCCCUAGGCUCCGGCACUGGCCCUGUCCCUGCUGUCCCAACUGCCGCCACCUUCAUACCUAUCAGAAUCGAAUCUUCGACGCCCUCGGUGACUGAAGGGCACACCGUGGAUCUGAACUGUGUGGUCGCUGGGCAGCCCCGGGCCCAGGUCACAUGGUACAAGAGAGGAGGGACCCUCCCCGCCAGACAUCAGGUACACGGCUCCAUCCUGAGGCUGUACCAGGUAUCUCCGACUGAUGCAGGCGAGUACGUGUGCCGCGUGAUUGGUGGCUCUGGUCCUCCCCAGGAAGCUUCUUUCUCCAUCGCUGUUCUGCCUUCCACUGCUGAAUCCUACCGCCUGCAGAGCCCUGUCAUCUCCAUCAACCCUCCCAGCGCCACCGUCCAGCAGGGCCAGGAUGCCACCUUCAAGUGUCUCAUCCACGACGGGGCAGCCCCCAUCAGCAUCGAGUGGAAGAUGGCACGAAACCAGGAGCUGGAAGACAAUGUGCAUCUCAGCCCCAACGGCUCUAUCAUCACCAUCAUGGGCGCUCGGCCCAGCAACCAUGGGACCUACCGUUGUGUGGCCUCCAACCCCUACGGGGUGGCCCACAGUGUCGUCAGCCUCAGUGUGCAGGGCCCCCCCACAGUGUCCGUGCUCCCUAAGGGUCCCGUGCAGGUGAAGCUGGGCAAAGCCAUCUCUCUGGAAUGCGUCAGUGCUGGAGAGCCCCGUCCUUCUGCCCGCUGGAUGCGCAUCGGGACCCCGCUCAAGGUGGAUCACCAUCGGACUUUGGGGCCCAUGGACAGCCACGCUGUGCUGCAGAUUACAGAGGCCCAGCCAGAGGACGCAGGCACCUACGUCUGCUUAGCCCAGAAUGCUCUGGGCUCUGCUCAGGCCCGGGUGGAGGUGAGUGUGGAGACAGGCACCACAGCCCUGGGGACCCCAGAGGUGCGAGUGGAAGAGGCAGAGAUGACCGUGGAAGCAGGGAAGACGGCCAUCCUGCGCUGCUCAGCCACAGGCAGCCCCACUCCCACCGUGCAUUGGUCCAAGCUUCGGGCGCCUCUACCCUGGAAGCAUCAGCUGUCCGGUAACACCCUGAUCCUCCCGGAGGUUGCCCAGCAGGACUCUGGCCAGUACAUCUGCAAUGCCACCAACUCAGCUGGACACGCUGAGGCCACUGUCAUCGUGCACGUGGAGAGCCAUCCCUAUGCCACGACCAUCCCAGAGGAGGCCCUGGUCGGAGUAGGAGAGAUGGUGCAGUUUCAAUGCCUGGCGCACGGGACACCCCCACUCACGUUCCACUGGAGCCGGGUGAACGGCAGCCUCCCGAGGCAGGCAGCUGUCCGGGGGGACCUGCUGCGUAUCCAUCCCACAGCCCUCGAGGACGCCGGCCAGUACCAGUGUCUGGUCACCAACAAGGUGGGCUCUGCCCAGGCCUUUGCCCACCUCCGAAUCCAGGGUGCCCACCCUCCAGUGUUGGCUCCAGCCGUGCACAUCACCCCCCAGCAGGAGACCAGGGGUAUCGGGGGCAGCGUCGAGUUCCACUGCGCUGUGCCCAGUGAUGCCGGGGCCCAGAUCCGCUGGUUCAAAGAAGGAGGGCAGCUUCCUCAGGAUCACACUGUGCAAGAUGGGGUGCUUCGGAUCCAGAAUUUGGACCAGAGCUGCCAGGGGACAUAUAUUUGCCGUGCACACGGGCCCUGGGGCCAGGCCCAGGCUAGUGCCCAGCUAGUUGUUCAAGCUCUUCCUUCUGUCCUCAUUAACAUCCGGACAUCAGUGCAAACGGUGGUAGUGGGCCACGCUGUGGAGUUUGAGUGUCUGGCCUUGGGUGACCCCAAGCCCCAUGUCACCUGGAGCAAAGUAGGGGGCCAUCUGCGCUCAGGCAUUGUGCAGAAUGAGGGUACCAUCAAGAUUGCCCGUGUGGAGCAGGCUGAUGCUGGACAGUAUCGAUGCACAGCUACCAAUGCUGCAGGCACUACCCAGUCUCACGUGCUGCUGCUCGUGCAAGCUUUGCCCCAGAUCUCAGCCCCUCCUGAGGUUCGAGUGCCCGCUGGCUCCGCAGCUGUCUUCCCAUGCAUGGCCUCCGGCUUCCCGAUGCCUGACAUCACCUGGACCAAGCUGGAGGGAGACCUACCCCCAGACAGUCUCCUGGAGAACAAUGUGCUGACGCUGCCCUCCGUCCGGCCCCAAGAUGCCGGCACCUACAUCUGUACCGCCACCAAUCGCCAGGGCAAAGUGAAGGCUUUUGCCCGCCUCCAGGUGCCAGAGAGGGUGGUACCUUACUUCACCCAGACCCCACACUCCUUCCUGCCUCUGCCCACCAUCAAGGAUGCUUACAGGAAGUUUGAGAUCAGAAUCAACUUCAGGCCUGACGCUGCAGACGCCCUCCUUCUCUAUUCGGGCAUGCUGAUUUACAAUGGGCAGAAGCAGAUCCCCGGGCCUGGGAGCCCCGUCAAUCUGGCAGCCAGGCAACCUGACUUCAUCUCCUUUGGCCUGGUGGGCGGGAGGCCGGAGUUCCGGUUCGAUGCCGGCUCUGGCAUGGCUACCAUCCGCCAUCCCACCCCACUAGCCCUGGGCCAGUUCCACACAGUGACCUUGCUUCGAAACCUGACCCAGGGCUCCCUGAUUGUGGGCAACCUGUCCCCUGUCAAUGGGACAUCCCAGGGCAAAUUCCAAGGGCUGGACCUGAAUGAGGAGCUCUACCUGGGCGGCUACCCAGACUACGGUGCCAUCCCCAAGGCUGGCCUAAGCAGCGGCUUUGUAGGUUGUGUGCGGGAGCUUCGAAUCCAGGGUGAGGAAGUGAUUUUCCAGGAUCUCAACCUCACAGCCCAUGGCAUCUCCCACUGCCCCACUUGCAAGGACAGACCCUGUCAGAAUGGGGGGCUCUGCCGGGAUUCUGAGAGCAGCAGCUACAUGUGCACCUGCCCUGCUGGCUUCACUGGGAGCCGCUGUGAACACUCCCAGGCCCUGCACUGUCACCCAGAGGCCUGCGGACCUGAUGCCACCUGUGUGAACCGGCCAGACGGCCGGGGCUACUCCUGCCGCUGUCACUUGGGCCGCUUUGGGGAGAAGUGUAUGGAAGGUGUGACAGUGACGACACCAGCCCUGUCGGGUGCUGGUUCCUACCUGGCAUUACCUGCCCUCACCAACACCCACCACGAGCUCCGCCUGGACCUCGAGUUCAAGCCGCUGGCUCCCGAAGGACUCCUGCUCUUCAGUGGUGGGAAGGGCGCCCCUGUGGAAGACUUUGUGUCCCUGGCCAUGACUGGUGGGCACCUGGAAUUCCGCUAUGAACUGGGUUCAGGGACGGCCGUGCUCCGGAGUACCCAGCCCUUGACCCUCGGUCGCUGGCACCACGUGUCUGCAGAGCGACUCAAUAAGGAUGGCAGCCUCCGCGUAGAUGGCAGGCACCCAGUGCAGCGAUCCUCCCCUGGCAAGAGCCAAGGCCUCAACCUGCACACCCUCCUCUAUCUGGGUGGCGUAGAGCCUUCGGUGGCUCUGCCACCUUCUGCCAACGUCAGUGCCCACUUCCACGGCUGCAUCGGUGAGGUGUCGGUGAAUGGGAAGCGAGUGGACUUGACCUACAGCUUCCUGGGCAGCCGAGGAGUCGGCCAGUGCUACGACAGCUCUCCCUGUGAGCGCCAGCCCUGCCAGAAUGGUGCCACCUGCAUGCCUGGCGGCGAGUAUGACUUCCAGUGCCUGUGCCGGGCCGGUUUCAAAGGAGACCGCUGUGAGCAUGCUGAGAACCCUUGCCUACUGCCAGAGCCCUGCCUUCAUGGAGGUACCUGCCAGGGUGCCCGCUGCCUGUGCCCCCCUGGAUUCACUGGGCCUCGAUGUCAAAAAGGCCAAGGCGCUCCUGAAGCUGACUGGCAUCUGGAGGGCAGUGGAGGCAAUGAUGCUCCUGGACAGUAUGGGGCCUAUUUCCAUGAUGGUGGAUUCCUGUCAUUCCCGAGCCGUGUAUUCCCUCGAAGCCACCCCGACGUUCCCGAGACCAUUGAGUUGGAAGUUCGGACCCACACUCCUAACGGUCUCCUGCUCUGGCAGGGAGUGGAGGCCAGAGAGGAAGGCCGUGGCAAGGACUUCAUCAGCCUGGGGCUAAAGGAUGGGCACCUAGUGUUCAGUUACCAGUUGGGCAGUGGCGAGGCCCACAUCAUCUCUGAGGAUCCCAUCAACGACGGUGAAUGGCACAAAGUGACAGCCCUUAGAGAGGGCAAAAGCGGCUCCAUCCAGGUAGAUGGAGAGGAGAUGGUGAGUGGCCGCUCUCCAGGACCCAAUGUGGCAGUCAACACCAAGGGCAGCAUCUACAUUGGUGGCGCUCCGGAUGCAGGGACCCUCACCGGGGGCAGGUUUGACUCGGGCAUCACAGGCUGCAUCAAGAACCUGGUGCUGCACUGUGCCAGCCCUGGUGGUCCUCCCCCACAGCCCCUGGACUUGCAACACCACGUCCAGGCCGGUGCUAACACCCGUCCCUGCCCCUCCUAGGUGCCUAUGCAGACUCCUGGGCCACGUGCCCCUGGAUAGAACAAAUUGAUGAUUAUAUUAUUAUUAUUAUUAUUAUUUUGUAAGAAACAAAGGCAACCAUCAUGCUUUGCUGCUACCCGCCUUGGGGCUGGGCUGACCCUGCCCCUUGGGUUGGCAGGGGGCAAAGCCACAGGGUGAAUUGGGGAGGGGAUGGGUACUGCGGGAUGCCAUGUGCAUCAGAAAAGCUAGCAGAUUUCUUGGAAUUUCAGGCUGGGAACAGUAGGACUCACACUAGCUAGGUCCUCUGCCAUGCCAGAACCAGAUAGCCAUGGAAUGCCCAGGCAGCAUCUGGCCCCAGGACCCCUCCUAUCUGCCCUGCUUUCUGCAGGAAACUCAUGCUGCCUGUCUCACCUGGGAGACCGGAGAGAGACUGGGCAGAGAAAAUCCCCAAAUCUCCAGCGGGGCUAUAAGAGUAUGCUCAGUAUUCCCCUAUUCCUCAGCUUUCCUUCCUUUCCACAUAGUCCCUAAGCCUUGCAGCUGAAGAGUUCCCUCUUGUCCCUGGAGCCAGUGGCCAGCUUUGAGCCUUCUCAUCCCCCCACCCCGGGCAGAGAGGAGCAGGGGCACCCCGGGCCCCUUUCUGACAACUCUGGCCAGAGUUGACUCAUCAUCCUAGCCCGGCAGAUUCUCUUGCUCACCUCCAUGCCCCCGACACGAGCACCAGCCUGCCAUGUUCUCCACACCCCCAGCAUCAAUCUGCCAUGCCCCCUUUCCCGGAAACUCAAAACAUUUCUAAAGCUCCUCCUAUGUGCCAGGCACUCUCCUAGAUGCUCAAGGGAAAGAAGAGGAAACAACCCAGGCCCUGACCCCUAGGAAUUUAAUCUAGGGGAUAAAGAGGAAACUGAGGGAGAAUGGUGCCAGCCCACCACAGCCCUCGCUGGCCCCCGCACUCUGCUCUCCACUGAAUCAGUCUGUUGUUCCUUAAACCUCCUCCGAUACAGCUGGACACCUCGCAGUGCCAUCAGAGAAACGCAUCUGGACAAUGGGCUGUCUACACAGCCAGCUCAAAAGAGCAUUUGUUCAAGGCAAAGCUCUGAGAAGGGAAAACUGGGUCAGGCUUUGGGCCUGGCUUCUGCAGGGGGGACAGCCGAGAGAUAGCCGGGGUCCCCCCAGAAUCGGUCUAGCUGGGGUUAGUGGGAGGAUGGAGGGGGUGGCCAAGGUUGACCAUCUGUUGUUGCUGCUUGUGUGUGGUGGGGAUGCACAGGAAGGAAGAGGUGAAAUAGGAGAUGGCAGGGCACUAGCUGGGGGGAAUGAGGGAAUGCCAAGAAUUUGUGUCUGAUGGGAAGGCCUGAGAGAGCUCAGAUCGGAGCUUUGGUUCCCUUCCAUCCCCCACAGCAAAUCGAAGUGGGAUUGAGGAGGCCCAGGUGGAGAAAACGCCUCCUCACAGCCAGGUCCUCUCUCUUCCAGUCUCCCUCCACCUCUGGGGCCUGGCACCCCACAAAGCUCCCCGAGGGCCUUCCUGUUGGGUGCCCUCAGGGAAUGUGGCCCUGAUGGGAAAACAAACCAGGUCCCUUGCCCAUUGUGAGGGUGGGAUGGGGAGGGGAGCUCCUCCUGUGGUCUUUGUCUUUCUUCAAUAAAAGGUGCUACCCCCA